GCCCGGGCAGGGGGUGAGAAGGCUCAAUCUAAACACGGCAGUCCGCUGCUUCUCCUCCUCGUACCAUGAGCUGAAUCUGUCCGUGGACUCACCAGGGGGAAGAUGGCGGCCACUGACCAUUCCCGGUCCGAAGCUGCCAAACAGCGACGGCAGGAUCAGCUCCAGCGAUGGCUGGGCUCGGAAACGGACCGGACGGGGUCGGACACUCGGAAAACCACGGGCGGUUCUGGGACGCGGCGCGCGAAGGUGCAGUUCGCGCAGGGAGCUGUGUUUAUGGCCGCCUGCUCCGCCGGGGACCGGGAGGAGGUGGCGGCGCUACUCCGACAAGGAGCUGACAUCAACCACGCCAACGUAGACGGGCUGACAGCGCUUCACCAGGCAUGCAUUGAUGAAAACGCAGAGAUGGUGCAGUUUCUAGUGGAAAACGGGAGCGACGUCAACAGAGGGGACAAUGAGGGCUGGACUCCUCUGCACGCAGCAGCUUCCUGCGGCUUCAUCCAGAUCACCAAGUACCUGAUAGAGCACGGUGCUAAUGUUGGGGCUGUCAACAGCGAAGGAGAGCUUCCUCUGGAUGUGGCCAACGAAGACGUAAUGGAGAGGCUUCUCAGAGCUGAAAUCAAAAAACAAGGGAUAGAUGUGGAUAAAGCCCGGAAGGAGGAGGAGAGGAUCAUGCUGCAGGACGCCACGGCGCUGCUGGAAGGAGGCGGCUCCCUGACGCCUCACCCCAACACCAAGGCUACAGCUCUGCACGUCGCCGCAGCCAAAGGUUACAUCGAAGUCCUCAAGGUACUGCUACAGUGCAGGGUAGAUGUGGACUGUAGGGACAUAGACGGGUGGACGCCUCUGCAUGCAGCAGCUCACUGGGGACAGGAGGAGGUGUGCACCCUGCUCGUUGACCACAUGUGCGAUAUGGCCGCCGUCAACAACGUGGGUCAAACGCCUCUUGAUGUUGCAGACGAGAACCUCGUGGACACCCUGGAGGAGCUGCAGAAGAAACAGAACGCUUUACGCAGCGAGAAACAGAAACAGAAUCCUGUUAUUGAGACUAAUCAACCUAUCUCCAUGGUACCAGUCCGCACUCGCAGGACCUCUAUCUCCCGCAUGAGCAGCAGGGACAAGAUAUGCCUUCAUGAGCGGGAGAAGCACCCGCCUCCCGCCUUGCCGAGCAGUCCGGCCGAGGACGAGGAGGAGGAAGGCCAAACGGGGCAGAGCCAGGCGAAAGCCUCCAGCAGCUCCAGCUCAGAGGAGGAGAGCGAGUCUGAGAGUGACACGGAGUCAGAGAAAGCAAAAAACAGAGAAAUCAUAAACAACUUGAACAACAAACGAAAUACCACCAGUGCGCUUUCUACCUCCAUGUCAGCGACUACCACUGCAGGCCAGCUAAAGAAGGAACCAAGCAAGCCUCCAGCCACAGAGUCCCCCGGCUCAUGGAGAACGUCCCUGAGGAAAGCGGGCAGCUCUGUGACUCUGGGCUCAGCUGGGCUCUCGGACUCCGUCCAGGACCCGAGCAGAGUCACAGAGUCUGGACUCGGAAUGAGCCGCUCCGCCUCCAGCCCCCGCCUUAGCUCUGACGCUGACACCAAGGAGCCAAGGCUCGCUCGAGUGCCGCCAACUCCGACACGGAGACUAUUCAGUAUUCCAGAUAACAGCUCUGACAGCUUCAACAGUUGGCUAAGCCGUAGCUCGUCGUACACUCGACGACUUCAUAGUCAAUUAGGGAAUGAGUUCACUAGCUCCACACCAUCUUUGCUGCACAGCUCGUCUUAUGUAAAGAGACUGGAUGACGCCAACGUGACCUCAUCGAGUACAGGAACAAGCUCUGCUGUUCUCAGCCGCCUUAAUAGUCUUUUAGCUCAGAGAACUCCUCAGGAACAGACGGAAAAGAAGGAACCACCGUCCACCAUCACCUCAAUUUCUCAAGGCACGACGACAAGCGAACAGGAGAGCAAACAGAGGCGCAAGUCGUAUCUGACACCUGUACGAGACGAGGAAGCGGAAGCGCAGAGAAAAGCCCGCUCCCGGCAUGCGCGGCAAUCCCGGCGCUCCACCCAGGGAGUUACGCUAACAGAUUUGCAGGAGGCAGAGAAGACAAUUAAAACCAUGAAGACUGACAACAAAGGAAGAGAAAAGAAUGAGGAAGAAGAGAAAGAGAAGGAAGCCAAACAAAAGAAGGCAGAUGAAGGGGAAGUGAGCUGGAGAUCUCGUAUUGCCAGCCUGCAGAAGUCGGACCUGCUCGGUCUCACUCAGCCUGCAGGCUCAGCUCGUCCUCCGGCGUCUGAAAGAAAAGAUGUUGAGUCCAUCACAGGAGAGAGCGAUACAGAAAAAUGGGCCAGAGAGCGCAGAGAGAGGAGGCAGGCCCGAGCCAGGAGGAAGGCACAGAGAACCGGGGAGGGUGAAGACAUUGAGCCCAGUGGAGAGGAGGAGUUCUCAGGGAGUGGGCUGGAUCCACAGAAAGACAAAGACAUGAGUUCAAGGUUGGACACCUCGUAUAGCAACCGCACCCAGAGAGAAGGAUCGGAAAGCAAAGAUUUUAAAAAGCUAUUUGAGGAGGUUUCCAGAGAAAACAGCCAGCUCCAAGCUCAACUGCAGGACACACAGAGGAUCAUUAGUCAGACCAGGGUGGAGCUGGAGAAGGCAACGCAGAGACAAGAACGCUUCACUGACUGUUCAGCACUACUGGACCUAGAGAGAAAGGACCGGAGGAUGUUGGAGCAGCGCAUGGCAGAGCUGGAGGAGGAGCUAAAGGUUUUGGUUGACUUGAGAGCAGACAACCAGCGUCUUAAAGAUGAAAAUGGAGCACUGAUCCGCGUCAUCAGCAAACUCUCCAAAUAGACUGAGAGAGAUGACCACCAGGGAACUCUUCCCCUCCUCACUCCUUUCAUCCAUCCCACAGCUUUCAUACAUUCCUUUCCUCUCAGUGCCAAAUGGUGAGGGGGGGAGAGAAGCAAUGGAAAGUUCUACGCACAUGAGCACUGCAGCUUCACUUGGAUUGUGAUGCCUCUUCAUGAACAGCUGGAGUGUCUUUUGAGUGCCUUAUUGCUCAGUUGCCACAGGAGGGACCUGUGCACGCGCUUUCCCAUCAUGUCGACGUACUGUGACUAUUCGUCAGGGAACCUGCACACACACCGUCCUACUGAGUGCGUCCUUCCUUCCUUCCUUCCCACGAUACACGUUCCACUGAGCACACCUGGCUUGGUUCUUAAAGCAUCCACUUUGUAUGUAUUCUUUUGUGAACACAUUUCACGUCACAAGUUGAGAAAGUUUCCCCUCACCAGGUCCAAGUGUUUUGGUGUUUUCUUCUUCUGUCACUUAUCUCCAGGGCACGUCUUAGGCUCUACAUUUUGGUAUUAAACCAUGCCAUGAAGGCGAGGGGCGUCGGUGAAGCUCUGUUGGGUUGUUUUGCUGCCACAUGCAAGUGUUUGAACCCACCUACCUCUCUCCACUUAUGCACUUCCUUACAUCUUUUUGUUUUAUUUCUGUAAUCACAGACAUACUCCAUGCUCUUAAAGGUGAACCAGGUCAGUGGACCACAGCACUUUACUCUCUGCAAAGCAAUAAGAAUAAAUAAAUCUGUGACCUUUUGCCCGGUCCUUUAGAAAGACGAUUUUAAACCACAGCAGCCAUCCUCACUGAGGAUGCAGCCUGAGAAUAUUCAAGUUCAAAGGUUGCACAGUUGCUGAAAUGACUAAUUUAUCCAGAUCUGUUAUGCUACGAAUGGUUUUUAAUUGUUACCAUUGAUAUUAUUUUCUCUUUUUUUUCAUUUUCACUUCCUCUUUUACUAAGAAGCAUGGUUAUGUAUGUAAAUGUAAGUCUAUAAUGUUACCCUUUGAAGUACAAUUUCAUGUAGCCUUGCUUCACAUCUUGGUUUUCUAAUAUGGAUCUCUGCACCAUAAUAAAAAAAACAUGUUUUUCAAA